CUGUGGCUUUCUCUACUGCUUGACUGCCUGUGAACUUAAAUAAACUGAUUGAUUACAAGGAAAGAGACUGCACUCAAAACAGUACCUGGGAGGAAUUAGAAGACUAUUUUCCCACUCAAAGGAAUCACCACCUUCAGUUUAGAAGCAACAGCACAAGGAAAGAACAAAAGUCUGAUGACCAAUGGCUUAUAUUUCCUAAAUCAUCUGCACUACUUUCAGCUGGACCACCUGUUUAACUUUUUCCUGUUAUCCAAAAAGUUUGGUAAAAUAGAAAAAUGAACCAGACAGAAGCUGGAUUUCCAUUCUCAAACAGUAGUGACUCCAUAAUUAGGAUCUUGGGUUGCUGUACCCAAGCUUCUGUUGUAACAGACGAUGGGUUUGAUGUGUCCUCUCCUGACGAGAGAAACCUUUUCAUCAUGAGAGUGGUUCAGAUCGCAGUGAUGUGUGUUCUGUCCCUCACUGUAGUUUUUGGCAUCUUCUUUCUUGGGUGUAAUCUCCUUAUCAAAUCUGAAGGGAUGAUAAACUUUCUCGUUAAGGAAAGAAGACCAUCCAAAGAAAUCGAAGCAGUGAUUGAUGGACCUUACUGAGGUGAAUCGGGUAAAUUUUGGUAACAACACAAGCCUGAUGAUAUCCCAAAGGAGCUAAACAGUGAACACAGGUAACACCUGUAGGAAGAGAUGUGAACAGUGAGUUUCCUGGAAACCGACACUGCACGAACGUCAG